AAAAUGACAGAUGUUUUACUGCAUAAAACAUUGACAUCGGUGUAAUAAUUUGCAUUUUGUAUUUUGGUUUUACGUGACUCAGUCGCAAAUAACUGGCUCUAAAUUAUCGAAUCGUCAACCACUGCAACUGAAGCUGGGCAGCAGAAUUGGAAAACAGUUUAUUUGGGUCUAAAAAUUAAACGAAGUUGCAAAAUUCAGAUGGAAUAAAAACAUUGCCGAUUCCUGAGGAAAUAUUUACAACAACAAAUGGUGAAAGUAUCUAGGCUUGGCUUGUGACCCCUCGAGAAAAAUUAUUGUCGACACUUCUCAGACACACACAAAAAUGAAGCUGAUACAUUUGGCCCUUUUGCUGACGACGAUCUACCUGCACAAUGUCCUGGCAGACGAUUCCUCUGAGGAGCUCUACUCGGCCGAGAGCGCUUCCUCCUCGGAAGAAGUGAUGGAAAAUGAAGCGGUGCUGGUGGACGAGCCGGAUUUCGAUCUGCUGAUCUUCACCCAGCGGUGGCCGAUAACGGCGUGCUACGAGUGGCGCGAGAAAAGUUCCCAGAACAUCUGUGGCCUGCCAUCGCCCAAGAACAUUUGGACCAUCCACGGAAUUUGGCCAACCAAGCUGAACACCAUUGGGCCCAGCUUCUGCAACAAAACGGCCGUGUUCAACGUUACGGAGCUGGAUUCAAUUGAAACCCAACUGGAGCAGUUUUGGAUCAAUGUGGAGAAAAAUAAACCCUACGAUUCGCUGUGGCGGCACGAAUGGCUCAAGCAUGGAACUUGUGCGGCCAGCGUGAUGCCCCAACUUAACACUGAAAACAAAUAUUUCGGUCAAGGUCUCUCGUGGCUACAGCAACACUCCAUGGCAAAUGUGCUGCAGGAGAGUAAAAUCACGCCGGGAAACAACUAUACGGUGCUGGAAAUCCACACCGUUCUAACAGAUCAUUUCAAAACUAACGUUGCCAUCGAAUGUUUCCACGAUCGUGAAACCAAACAGCAAUAUCUCAACGAAAUUCGACUUUGCUUCAACAAAAGUCUGGAUCUCGCCGAUUGCGAUGGCAUUCUGUUUGAGGAAGUGACUGCCGGAUUCCGUGAUGGAAAAAUUAUAAGCAAUUGUUCCCCAAAUAAACCGAUCGUAUAUCCGGCCACGGUGCCGUCGUCCCGAUUCGAGAAGACCUACACCCACAUGUCCCCCUUUGAUCUGCACAGGAAAUUCGUGGAAGAACAUAAGAAGGCUAAAGAAAAUCGCACGAUGAAACUUCUGGUCAACUUGUACAAGCUAAUUCAGUUACUUAAGUGGACGACAGUCUAGAGGAGAGGAAAAGAAAGCGCCCAAUACCAUCCCGAAAUUUGUAAAAGACUUUCAAGCUUUUACCCCACAUUUGUUAUAUGUUUUUAACCCUUUGGCUAGGUAUGAGAAGAAAAAAACUCUUGAAAAUGUUUUCUCAUUUUUUCAGCCGUUUUGUAAUAUAGCACGCAUCUCCCAUCAUCAACAUCAGCAAUCAUCAUCGUGUUAAUAAAAAUUUAGUUAUACAUCCAA